ACUCGUGAAAAGCGUAUACGCACGAUGAAAAACAUUAUGCUAAUAAUCACGCAGCCGUGGAAGGUUGUGAAGGUGUAGUGAAAGUCGCAGGUAGUCUUUGUGUGAGGACAAACCGGAGAAGGACGAAGGUGAGGAAAAAGAGGAAGAAGAGGAGAGAACUGUGUGGGAUAAAAAUAGCAUGGUAUCGUCGCAAAAUAAAAACUGAUGAUGCGAACCUGCAGAAUGACGAUCUCAGGAGCCAGACUCGCCCGGCAAGGAGAAGAAGUAAAAGAAGAGAGGAGACAUAAGGAGCACCGUAGACGGAAGAAAAAGGUCGUUGUUUCUAAAAAGGAAGAUCAGAACACGCCGCUGAAAGAAGAAGAAGAAGAAGAAGAAGAAGAAGAAGAAAAAAGAAGCAGUUCUCAACCCCGGUAAUAAUAAUGAUAAAUAUAUCGAUUACCAUAGCAUUACGUAGCGUUGCAAAUAACGUUUAAUACAUGAGUAAAUAACAGUAUAAAAAAUUUAAAAAAAUAAAAAAAACACCGCGUCGUGUGUAGGUACAGAUUAUCUUGUUUCAAUCAAUAGAGGAUAUGCAAUUGAUGACAUGUCCUUAACAUGUCUGUGGUGCAGUUUCCUUGGGAGUCGACUAGCUCCAUUGUGGUGCGUUGUGCGGCGAGCACGAUUGGUGGGAACCGACGGAGCGGUGGUUGUGCGUACGCUGAAAGAAAAUCUCCCACCCUCACGGUGAUUGCGCGCUGUUUCUGAUCACUCGAUCUGUCUCCACCUUAUAGUCUGUCCCGCGGUGCACCAAGACCACAUCUCGGUUGAAAGAGCCAAGCAGUCGAUCCAGCCCGCCGACCAGCUCGUAGUUAGCCGAGCCAAGUUAGCAAGGAAAAUGCGUUUCUUACGCGCGCAUACUGUAAGUGAACACCGUGAUACACACACCGGUCUUCAUAAUGGCGCGGCACGGUGACCGUUUUGGUACGAUAAAAAUCGAGGGCUGCCUUCGGGUGUUCCUGCGCCGGUUCGCGGAGAGCUGAAAGAAAAAGAAGAGGGAGAGGAACGGGUUCUCCGGUGCCAGUGUGCAGUCUAGUCGAAGACACAGAAUGAUAGCGAACGUCCGAUGAGCCAUCCCGCUUCCCGUUGUCCCUCUUCAGAGAGUGAGUGGAUGAAUGAAUGAGAGAGAGAGAGAGAGAGAGAGCGAGAGCGAGAAAGAAAGAAAGAAAGAAAAGGGUAACAGAAAGAAUAGUGAUUCUUCCGCGGUUGAUUGAGCUCUGCUGCCACUUUCGUCCUUUUCCUCCACCGUCACUGCCAGCGGCGAGAAAAGAAGAGAUGCCGAAGCGAGAGGAAAUGUUUAUCAGCGGCGAGGAUUCGCACGGGACUUAUACGCAGUCUGGAUGCAACGCGUUGGAAAACAUGUCCGCGAGGCGGAAGAAGAAAACAAAGAGAAUGAAGACGGUGCCGCCGGACGGCGGAUGGGGCUGGGUGAUCCUCUUCUCCGCGAUGCUCGUGAACUUUCUCAUCCCGGGCACCGUCAAGUCCUUCGGCGUGCUCUUCGUCGAAUUUCUGCACGUUUUCAAGGCGUCCUCCACCGCAGCUUCCUGGAUGCCGGCGUUAUGCUACUUUCUGUACAGCUCGUUAGGUCCUUUAUCUAGUAUACUGUCGACUAAAUACUCCUACAAAACUGUGACUCUCAUCGGCGGCGCCUUCGCGGCCAGUGGGAUGAUGCUGAGCUACUUCGCCAAUUCAGUCACUUAUCUUUACAUCAGUUACGGACUUAUGGUCGGAAUCGGCGCCGGAUUGUCAUUUCCUCCGACGGUUUACAUCGUCACGCAGUACUUUGAGAAGCUACGGGGGUUCGCGAACGGUUUGUGCAUAUCCGGCAGCGCGAUCGGCACCAUAGUCUUACCGCCGUUCUUGCAGUAUUUGCUGGACUGCUUCGGAUACAGAGGAGCGGUUCUCAUCAUGGGCGCGAUCACGCUGAACACGUUGAUCUGCGGUCUCCUGUACCAUCCGGUACAGCAACACAUGAAGAUCGUACCUCUGGACGAGGGUAUCGACAACGAAGCGCUUACUCUCGACGAGACCGUCAACGGGAAGCGAGAAUCGAUUGAGAAAAUCGGAAGUCAUUCGAAAUUGGAUCAAACCGGCGACGACGACGACGAGCGAGCUCGUAAACUGUCGGAUCUUCUUCAUAAAGUGGUGUUGGAAUCGACCAACGAGGUAUCGUCGGAAGAAACUUACCAAAAGAACAACAACGCCACUCCGAAGUCGCAGUCUUCUGACACUGUUAAAGAAAAUCCGAUCGCGCAAGAAGAGAUUCAGCAGGAAGACGAUCUGAACACGAACGUGGCGAGCAAUCUAGCGGAAAAUGACGUGCGGACUGUAUCCCGACGAGAUAGCGCCAUUGCCAAAGACAACAAGGAGCAGUUUAAUUCUUCGGUAACGGAGAAUCCGAAGGACGACACUGGCGGGAAACACGCGGAGGAAUCUUCGAAAUUGUCGGUGAAGAAUCCAGAGAAUAAUCUCGAGACAAACACAUGCUGGAAGACGCGCUUCGAUCUGAGUGUGCUGAGGGAUCCGAUUUACCUGGUAAUUCUGAUCUCCAACUCCACGUCGGCCAUCAGCAACACGAACUUCAUGAUACUGUUACCGUCGUACGCGAUCGACGAGGGUAUCGACAAGAACAAUGCGGCUCUGUUGCUGUCCAUCGUUUCCGCGUUGGAUCUGGUUGGCAGAAUCAGCGGCGCGUCCCUGUCCGACAUCGACUUCAUGCCCAAGUAUUACUACUUCGUCGGCGGACUCGGCACGAGCGGAAUCGCUCUGGCGCUGCUGCCUAUGGCGACCAGUUACACCAUGUUGUCGUUCUUCUGCGGCCUGUUCGGUCUGUCCUCGGGCAUGUACAUUGGCAUCACAACUGUCAUCCUGGCGGACAUGCUGGGUACCGAAAAACUUAGUUCGUCCUACGGUAUAUCGUUGUUCAUUAACGGCGUUCUGCAGCUCAUCGGGCCGCCCAUCUGCGGAGUCGUCUUCGAGGAGGUGCGCUCGUACAAGCCGAUCUUCCUCGCCUUCGGAAUCAUCCUGAUCCUGGGCACCGCGCUUUGGGCGGUGGUGCCGCUCAUCAAGAGGAACAAUAAAAAAGAUAUCGAAGCGAUGUAAGAUCGAACGAAACUGCAACAGCAAGCGAACGAGAGAAACUUGUUCGGAAACGAAACUGUAGUCGGGAAUUCGAUUGAGUAUAUCUUGGGAUUCGAAUGAAACUCGAUGUUCUUAGACAAAUUAGAUUGUGGGACCAAUCACCGUGGUUGAUACGAUCGUAAUACGAAUGAUCGUAUUUCUGACCUUCCCAUUGCUCGAGUAGUCGUAAUAUAAGUCUAGAAUAAUUUUUAUUGCCAGUAACACACACAAAAAAAACGUAGGUAUAUAUAUAUAUAUAUAUAAAUAUCGCUGAGAGAAUUGUGUACAAUAAUCUUACCGUAAGGAGUUUUUAAGGUAAGAGUAUAAUCUACAUGUUCCGUCAGACGACUUCGUGCCAAAGUGAUCAGGAAUGUUUUUACCGAUUCAAACCGCGUUAUAAAGCUCAGUUAUAGAGACACGAUAGAUAUAAAUCGCAUAAAUAUAUUGUCUGGAUAUGAAAGACAUCUUCAACUAAUAGUUAUAAAAAUGAGAUGCGACCAUAGCGCUACUGUCGUGCGAUCGACGUUUACGACAUAAAUCAACAACGAAUGGAGACUAUGGAUCACAUUUCUUCUCAGUGUACAUAAUUUGCUUACAUACGUAUGUAUACAUCUCACAGACAGACUGAGAAAUUAUACUCUUUCAGUUUUUAUUCUCGAGAACGCAUUUAUUUUCCCGACAAUCGUACGGCAGCAGGUCGACGAAGAUGUAGACCAAUCAGCUGUAACUUUUGUUCGAAAACAACAAAAAAAAAAGUGCCGAUCUCUUUAAAUAAGACAAUCGAUGAACUCCUUUUUUUUCAAGUUUGUUUUAUUAUAAUUCACGCAGAGGACUUUGACAUGUGUAUGUGUGUGUAUAUAUA